AUGGGCGCCUCAUACAGCACUAUGGAAGCCCACCAAUUGGCCGUCGGAAUGCAUGACUCGCUACGCAAUCAGCUCUUUUCCCAUCAAUCAUUCUCCCCACAGCCUGACCUUUGGGUCCUCCAGGCAAUGAUGUUGAUCGAUUGCUUUGGGAAACAACGAGCCGGCCUAAAACAGCGUGAGAUGUCUCAGCUAUUCCACUGUGUCCUCAUCAAACUUAUUCGGCGAAGCAAUUGUCAACUCAUUCGGACCUCUCCCGUAGCGGAACGGCCGGAUAAUCUUGAAUCAGCAUGGAGGCAGGCAAUGGACCUAGAACAGAGGAAGCGGCUCGCCAUGCUUUGCUUCAUGUGGGACACUCAGCAUGCGGUGCUCUUCUCACAAUCUCUUUGCAUGUCAGCAUUUGAAAUCAGAGCCUCCUUGCCAUGUGACGAGGCUACGUGGGAGGCAAGGACUGCCGAAGAAUGGUUCGAGUGCUCACACGCAGAGAAACCACAUGGUGCUUUCCUACUCGUUCUGAAAGCAUACAUAACCCCCAACACCACCAACCGUCCACGAUACCUCAAUGCUCUGUCAAGGAUCUUCCUCUUACACGGCCUGAUGUCCAUAUCUUCCGACCUCAAACGCCGAGACCAAACCACCCUACGAUCAGAAACACCAAACCUAGUAGGCGCCUGGAAGGCCCGCAUCGGUCGCUCCUACGACUUGUGGAAAAACGACUUCGACGCAGAUUGCAUGGACAUGAAAUUAAACCGGACGUCCGACCCGCGAAAAUUCGUCGGCCUCAAAACAGCAACCAACGUCAUGUACCACGCUGCGCACAUCACACUGAAUGUCGAAGUGCUCGAUUUACAGAUAUAUGCAGGCGCACCACAUAUUCUCGGACGGUUGGUAACAGCCAGUGACUUUGACCGGUCCGAACGGGUCGUCACGCGCUGGCCGAACGAGGACCCGCACUCAGCAGCCAAGGCGACCAGGCAUGCCUCGUACAUCCUGCAGGAUGCGAUCAUGAAUCUUAACGACUGGGACGAGACGGAUGUCUUCCAUUACCCCUGGUGCCUGUAUCUGGCGACACUGACGUGCUGGGCCUUCCAUCUCCCGACGUCAUCAAGCUCCCCUUGCUCUUCCUCGACAGCGUUGGUCAGACGGACGGAGAUUAGCAAUGAUAAUAACAGCGAGCAGCAGGGGCAACAACAGCCAAUACAGCAUCCGAGUCCCGCGCCGCGCAUACCUGGCUCUAUCUCCCUCAACCCCCGCAAUGAAGUGGCCACCCUAGUAAUCGCCAUGACGACCUGUAACACGCUGGAGGAUCUCUCCUCGUUGGCGGGCAAGUUCGACACGACGGGAUUGACGUGCAUCAUGAGCCAGCAGCUGGCCAGUGUACGCUGGGCGGUGGUGCAUGAUGCAAUGAAGGUUUUGGUGACUUUAUCGAGCAGGUAG